UUCUGUUUACACUUCCUCUCGGCGCUUGGCAACAUUUUACUAGCGCGAAUGACGCGACAAACGACGUCUUCCGACGAUGCAAAGGAAGACGGUUUUACUGGUCUACGGACGAGUAUCUUUGGAACUAAACACCAAGUUCCGAAAUGGGUUCCAGUGACCUUGCUGGCCUUUUCAUCCGUAGCCCUUGUAGUGCCGAUCAUCAUGCUGCGACGAUAUAGGCGUGGUGUUACUCCCCGCAAUCUUCAGGAAGCUACUGCACCUCCUCGACGAGGGCGAGGAUCAUCAACGCUGCCUGUUUCAUUGCAUUCCCCUGCAAUACGAUCCCGUCCUGCCUCACAAACGGUACCAAGGGAGGUCCCGACUCGUCUGCCGCCUCCUAAAACAUCCGUAUCAAAUGAAGAUAACCCUGAACAAUUUUUCAACGGUCCUCUGUACACCCUCAAAGCCCUUAGCAUCGCUACUGCUCUUGUGACGCUGGGUGCCACAGCCUCUAUUUGGGGAGUAAUGAAAACUCUCAAUGCUCGUGAUGCCAAUGAGUUUGCGGAACGUAUGCGCCAUGCGGUGCUAACCAAAUUACCCGUCCUCGCAUACCAAAUAUAUCGUCCAGCCGAAAUUCACCAAGAUGAUGGUAAUGAUUCUACGCUAACAGAAAACCCUGCUUCUGAACCUGUGGGAUGGAAUUGGCAAGAAGCAGAGGACCGCCUUAGAGAAGCGUUCGACAAGGGGGGGUUUCAUAGCUGGGCAUCAGCUGCUCUAGUAGAGGUGGAGGCAGAAGCAACGGUCGAAAGAGCAAAAAGGGGUUUCACUCAAGCCCGGGACAAGCCGACUAGUUGAGAAUAACAGAUCUUACUUCGAGGCG